AUGGAUAAUAGCACGGAACUUGGGCCUUUAAAUUCACCUGGCAACAUCUUUACUUCUCAUGGUGAGGGUAACAGUAUUGGCACUUCGUCUCCGCCACAUCCGCAUUCUACAGAGAGUACGGGUGAUAAUAAUGAGUUUAUGAACCCACACAAUAUAGUUUCCAGUCAUAUGCCUUCACGUGAGGGGUCUGUUUUUGUGAAUCGACAUCCCCCUGAGAGGCCGGUGGAGACUCUCGAAAAAGACGAUCAAAACCGAUCCUACCUGUACUCGCCGGCUCCAACUACCGACUGCAAUGAAUCUGUGAACUUUGUUUGCAUGCAAGAGGCAGCAGCAGCAGGAUUGCAAACUCCAAUUGUACCGGCUGCGUCAUCAUCAAUAAGUCAACACACCGCAGCAGAAUCUAAAAGUGUCCACUCCACUGAAAAUAACAAUGACUUCGUGAAAGUGUUCACGACUAGCAAAGGCAGUCAUAAAGGGGGAAGAUUGGAGGCGUUGCGGCGGAUUUCCAAUAAGCACAAAACAUUCAUUGGACUUACGACGAUCACGCCACAGCAACGAAACACCAAUGACUGCAUUAACCGAAGUAUUAAUGCCAGUGCACCCAACGAACUUUCGCGUGCGGGCGAUAACGGUGCUGUUACCAAUCCUGGGGGCACAAAACUGGUGCACAGUGUUCCUGUAAAACAGUUGCAACCCCAAGUAUCUCAUAUUGUGCUCGAUACAUGCAGUUUGCUGCGGGUUGGGCCACUCCAGUUGGCAUGUCUCAUGAGGAGGGCCGUUGUGUGCCUGCCACAUGGAGUUUUACAUGAAAUGGACUCGUGGAACCAUGUAGCCAAAAAAUAUGAAGAUGAAAUCAGCAGGAAGCGGGCGUUUGUUGCUCGUCGCAUACGUACUUGGGUGCACUACGCUACCAAAUAUAAGGCAAGCAUACGUCUUCAGGCGAUGAAUGAGGUGAACACUGCGUUUGACAAACAUGUGCAGAGGAAUGAUAUGGCAAUUCUUGGUUUUGCGGUGUUCCUGGAACGUAAUGAAAAGACUUUGGUGGAAUUUGUGACAGAUGAUACAUACCUUUCCCUGACAGCGGCCCAAGAGUUAAAAGGUGUAGUCCGAACAACAAAAGGUUUAUUGGAUUAUUACGGGUGCUAA